ACGCUUCUUCAAGAUGUAUAGAAUUCAUUGGUGAAAUAAAAAAUUAACAAUUUCAAGGCGCAUUACAUCAGAUGGUAUAUGAAAAAUAUCAACCAUAUUGUUCGGACAUACUGGGACAUACGCAACAGCUUCCAUGAGAACUGCGCGUUCCCUUCGAUUGCAAGUUUGUCACAUAACCAACUUGGCCGAUCUUGCUACGAUAAUGUUUAUAAAUACUCGAAUUUGACAUAUGUUAUGUGACGAGUAACGACUUUGUUGGAGCCUUACGAAAACCUUUCCGUGAAUUUGGUGAAGUACGGAUAAUGCAUUCGGAGCUAUGUCAUUAAUGUGAUAAAUUAUUGCCCGAAACAAAUCAAACGUUGAGAAAAUGACAACUGGUCAGAGUGGGCACAGUCACUCUCUUGCUAUCAGACAGGAAAUACAACGUUUUGAGAGCGUUCAUCCGUCAAUAUAUGCCAUUUACGAUCUAAUAGAGCUUGUGUCAGACGCGCACAUUGCUAAACAAAUUCGCGAGCACGUUGUGGCAAUCGAAGACUCCUUCGUUAACAGUCAUGAAUGGACACUGGCAAGAGAUGUUCCAGAAUUACACUUGGGAAUCAUUGGUUCUUCUGACUCUGGAAAGUCGGCGCUUGUUCACAGGUAUCUAACUGGGUCCUUCAUGCAUGAGGAAUCACCUGAAGGUGGCCGUUUUAAAAAGGAAAUCUUUAUUAAUGAUCAGAGCUAUCUUCUCUUGAUCAGAGAUGAGGGUGGUGUGCCAGAGGCUCAAUUUUCAGCUUGGAUAGAUGCUUUAUUACUUGUAUUCAGUUUAGAAAAUGAGGAAAGUUUUUCUAUAGUUUGCAAUUUUUAUAAUCGAAUGUGUUCUUUCCGAGACAUGUCAGAAGUACCAAAAAUACUUGUAGGUGUACAAGAUUCAGUUAACGACAGUAAUCCUCGUGUGAUAAAUGAUGUCAGACCGCGAAAACUGGCUUGUGAUCUAAGAUGUCCUUAUUAUGAAACAUGUGCUAUUUAUGGUUUAAAUGUGGAAAGGGUAUUUCAGGAUGUGUGUCAAAAAAUUAUACAGAAUGUAUCGGCAAAACAUUUUUCAUGUGAUAUCUGUCAACGUACUACGGAGAAUGAAAUUAAAUUUUCAAUCCCUGUUGUUACUAAAACUGUGCACUUACAUAACAAAGAGAUGGAGACAACAAAUUCAUUGAAAGUGAACCAGACUUCAGAAAAGGACGAAGAUAGUCGAUCUAUUCACAACAGUUCUGUACCAAACGACUCAACAUUGUUGAACGAUAAUUUUCACAAUGUACAGAAUCAACACGGAGAACUACGGUCGUCGAUUUUAACGCCAACCGCUAUUAGGAAAUUUAGAAGAAAAUCGAAUAUAUUUACACCGUCUAAAAAGGAAAAAUAUACGGGCGAGAUGGGCGUUGGUAGAGAGAUACCUGUUAAACAAGGUUAUUUGUUUAAACGAAGCAGCAAAUCUUUAAAGGAAUGGAAAAAGAAAUAUGUCACGUUAUUAGAGGAUGGUCGUUUGACGUAUCAUUCGAGCUUACAUGAUUAUAUGAACGAUACCAAUGGCAAGGAAAUACUUUUGCAAUAUGUUACUGUAAAGGUACCCGGCAAAACGCCAAAAGGUUGCAAGUCGUACAAUGCUCAAGAAGAUAGUUUCGAAUUUUCUAUUAUUUCAUUGGAGAACAAAACUUGGCACUUUGAAGCAAAUAAUGCUGAAGAUAGGGAUAACUGGAUUGCUGCGAUAGAACAACAGAUAUUAUCAAGCUUGCAGAAUAGCGAUGGCGACAAGAAAAAUGAAACCGAUGCUUUCAAGAUGCAUUGUAUAAAGAACAAAGUCUCGGGAAAUGAUGCAUGUGUUGAUUGCGGUGCACCGAAUCCCGAUUGGGCCAGUCUCAACUUAGGAGUACUGAUGUGCAUUGAAUGUUCCGGUAUCCACAGGAACUUGGGUUCACACAUAUCGAAAGUUCGAUCCUUAGAUUUGGACGACUGGUCCGCAGGUCAUCUAAGCGUCAUGCUGGCUCUUGGCAAUGAUACAGCUAAUAGCAUCUGGGAAUAUUGUUUGAACGGAAAACAAAAACCCGUCUCGGAUUCGUCUAGGGAAGAGAAAGAGCAAUGGAUCAGGUGGAAGUACGAGGAUAAACUUUUUCUACCGCCGAUCAAUCCAAACAUCUCUUUAGGAAAAUUGCUCAUCGAUUCAGUUUGCCGGGGAGAUAUGAGAGCGUUUACGUUGUGCUUGGCACGAUGUAAUAACGAGGACAUCAAUAUCUCGGUCAGUACGGAAGAUCGGAGGACACCGUUGCAUCUGGCCUGCGCAACCGGAAACUUGGCCAUGGCUCAACUUUUAAUAUGGCAUAAAGCAAAUCCGCAAAAUCUUGAUCAUGAAGGACGAACGUGCAUGUCAUAUGUACGAGCUUUGGAGAGAACGCUCGAUAAUUCAUCGGACUCGAUGGAAAUGCAGAAACUCCUCGAAGUAUUGGAACAAGCCACUGUCUCCGGAACAGACGACGUAGACGCAUCUCAGUAUUAAAGUUCGAAAAAAAAAAGGAAAGAAAUAUGCCUUAAUCACCCUGCCUACAAUUUUCCGCAAUGAAAUAUGUUGUUAAUACCGUGUACUUAUGGUAUGUAAAGCCAUACUUUGUUUAGUGAUAAAGAAAAGUUUUAGAGCUUUUAAAUAACAAUUGUUUGAAAAGAAAAUCGCCAAAGUGUGUAGAACAAAGCAUUGAAAAUUGGCAUAUAUUAACGAUUAAUUCGCAGCGUUGUAUUACACAUCCUGCAAAAAGUUUAUAUUGCACAUAGUUCAUAUGACAAAUCUAAUUUCACACGUAUUACGAAAUUCAUCUUGAAUUGGAUAAAAAAAAGUUGAAAUAUGAUAUACUUUUGUAUACUGAAAAUAAUCUUAAAGAAUCUUAAAGAAAGAAGUUUCACAAUACGAUAUUUCAUAGAAUGUCAAUCACAGAGAAUUAAUAGUAUGCUCGAGUGUAUAUUGUCAAUGACUGAGAGUACAAAACACUCAUAAAUGUAGUUAUAUUUAUAUAUACUUAAUACAUGUAAUUGUGUUUAAAAAUG